CUUGAGGUGGCGCUAUUUCGCUUUGGGAGGAGGUCAGGCGACGGUUGCGAAGCGUCCGGUAUGGCUCCGGAUUAAGAAUUAAAAACCCAGCGGAAAAAGUACGAGGUUCGGCCUUGAGAAUGAAAUGAGGUUUCCCUGCGCUCCUGCUUUGCUCCUGGGGGCGCUGGCCCUCCUCUUGGGGGGCUGCGAGGGCUCCUCCUUGCACUCCUUGCAGUAUUUCGACACUGCUGUGUCUGAACCCAACCAGGGGCUACCCCAGUUCAUCUCAGUGGGGUACGUGGAUGGCCAGCUCUUCAGCCAGUAUGACAGCAUCACAAGAAGGACGCAGCCUCAGGCACCCUGGAUCAAGAAAGUGGACAAGGAUGACCCCCAGUAUUGGGAGAGGAACACCCAGAUAUGCCGGAACAACGAGGAGGUGUUCAGAAAGAACCUGCAGAUUGCAAGAAAUCGCUACAACCAAAGUGGAGGGUUUCACUCUGUGCAGGGGAUGUACGGCUGUGAGCUGAGGGAGGCCGGGAGCCCAGGAGGAGGGUAUCGACAGGACGCCUACGACGGGAGGGACUACCUCAGCUUUGACAAGGAGACCCUCACCUGGACGGCUGCUGAUUCCAAGGCCCAGAUCACCAAAGAAAGGUGGGAGAAGGAACCGGCCCGUGCCCAGAGAUGGAAGGCCUACCUGGAGGGGGAAUGUCUUGAGGAGCUGCAGAGAUUCCUGGACUAUGGGAAGGAGAGCCUGCGGAGGAGAGAUCCUCCCGUGGGGAAGGUGACACGAGAGGAGGGCUACGAUGGCAGGGAGACCCUCGUCUGCCAGGGUUACGGCUUCUACCCCAAGGAGAUUGACGUCACUUGGAGGAAGGACGGAGAGGGCCUGCAGGAAGGCACUUUCCACAAGAGUGUGGCCCCCUAUCCAGACGGGACCUACCACGCCUGGCUCAGCAUCAAGAUCGACCCCAAGGAGAGAGACCAGUACCGGUGCCACGUGGACCAUGCCAGCCUGGGGGAGCCUCUGGUCUUGGCUUGGGAGGCGCCUGCUUCCAACUUGGGCGUCAUUAUUGGGUGUGUCAUUGUGGCUCUUCUGAUCGUGGCUGGGGUUGCUGGCACCUGGUUCUACAUCAAGAAAUGUCAAGAAGGCUACAAAGCAGCGUCCAGUGAGUAGAGCUUUCGUCUUUCUCUGUUUAAAUUCCAAGCCUCAGGCUGCCUCU